AUGAUUUCCAGCGUGAAGAUGAAGACUGGAUUCAUCUUCCUCUGCUUCAUUGUUGUGUGCCAGAUCCUGCCAAAGGGCGUGGUCUCUGUGAUUGGCCCUGCCUCUAGCCCCGCCUCGGGGUCCACCAUCAGUCACAUCUGUGGAGAAAAGGAGAUCCCUCACGUGAAGAUCGGUCCGGAGGAAACCCCCAAGCUGCCGUACCUCCGCUUCGCCUCGGUCACGCUCUAUCCAAGCAACGAGGACCUGAGUCUGGCCAUCGGAUCCAUCCUGCGCUCCUUUGGUUUCCCCACAGCCAGCCUCAUAUGUGCCAAAGCAGAAUGUCUGUUGAGACUGGAGGAGCUGGUGCGCCGCUUCGUCAUCUCCAGGGAGACACUGUCUGUGAGAAUGCUGGACGACACCCUGGACCCCACCCCCUUACUGAAGGAGAUCAGAGACGAUAAAGUGGCCACCAUCAUCAUCGACGCCAACGCCUCCAUCUCCUACCACAUCCUCAGGAAGGCUAAUGAGCUGGGGAUGACGUCGGCCUUCUACAAGUAUAUCCUCACCACUAUGGAUUUCCCUCUUCUCCGCCUGGACAAUGUGGUGCACGAUCAGUCCAACAUCGUGGGCUUCUCCAUGCUGAACCGCAGCCACUCCUUCUACCUGGAGUUCAUCAGGAGCCUCAACCUAUCGUGGAGGGAAGGCUGCAGCAUCAGCCCCUACCCAGGACCCGCGCUGUCCUCAGCCCUGAUGUUUGACGCUGUUCAUGUGGUGGUGAGCGCCGUACGGGAGCUGAACCGGAGUCAGGAGAUUGGAGUGAAGCCGCUAAGUUGCAGCUCGCCGCUGAUCUGGCAGCACGGGACGAGCCUCAUGAACUAUCUACGCAUGGUGGAGUACGAUGGUCUGACAGGUCACAUCGAGUUCAACAGCAAAGGACAGAGGACCAAUUACACCCUGAAGAUCCUGGAGAAACACCCUGCAGGCCAUAAAGAGAUUGGCACUUGGUACUCUAACAACACAUUGGCCAUGAACUCCACUUCCCUAGACCUUGAUGCUUCAGAGACCCUGGUUAACAAGACGCUAAUUGUCACCACAAUACUGGAAAACCCAUAUGUGAUGCGAAGGUCCAACUACCAGGACUUCCAGGGCAACGACCAGUAUGAGGGCUUCUGUGUGGACAUGCUGCGGGAGUUGGCCGACAUCUUGAAGUUCUCCUUUAAGAUCAAGCUGGUGGAUGACGGGCUGUAUGGAGCACCAGAGCCCAACGGCAGCUGGACAGGGAUGGUGGGAGAGCUGAUCAACAGGAAAGCAGACCUGGCGGUGGCCAGCUUCACCAUCACCUCAGAGAGGGAGAAGGUGAUUGAUUUCUCCAAACCCUUCAUGAGUCUGGGGAUCAGCAUCCUGUACCGGGUUCACCUGGGACGUAAACCAGGAUAUUUCUCCUUCCUGGAUCCGUUCUCUCCGGCCGUCUGGCUCUUCAUGCUCCUGGCCUACCUGGCCGUCAGCUGCAUCCUCUUCCUCGCUGCCAGGUUGAGUCCCUAUGAGUGGUACAACCCCCACCCCUGCCUGAGGGAGCGCCGGGAUGUCCUGGAAAACCAGUACACGCUGGGGAACAGCCUGUGGUUCCCGGUGGGGGGCUUCAUGCAGCAGGGCUCAGAGAUCAUGCCCCGGGCGCUGUCCACCCGCUGUGUCAGCGGAGUCUGGUGGGCGUUCACCCUCAUCAUCAUCUCCUCCUACACGGCCAACCUUGCAGCGUUCCUCACCGUCCAGAGGAUGGAGGCGCCCAUUGAGUCUCCAGACGACCUGGCGGACCAGACCAACAUCCAGUACGGCACCAUCCAGGGGGGGUCCACCAUGACCUUCUUCAUGAACUCGAGGUACCAGACGUACCAGCGGAUGUGGAACUACAUGAACUCCAAACAGCCCAGUGUGUUCGUGAAGAGCACGGAGGAAGGAAUCGCACGAGUCCUCAACUCCAAGUACGCCUUCCUGAUGGAGAGCACCAUGAACGAGUACUACCGCAGCCUCAACUGCAACCUGACACAGAUAGGGGGGCAGCUGGACUCCAAGGGCUACGGCAUCGGCAUGCCCCUGGGUUCUCCUUUCAGAGAUGAAAUCACUCUGGGGAUUUUACAGAUGCAGGAGAGUAAUCGUCUUGAGAUCCUGAAAAGACGCUGGUGGGAGGGGGGACAGUGUCCCAAGGAGGAGGACCACCGAGCCAAAGGCCUCGGCAUGGAGAACAUCGGUGGGAUCUUCGUGGUGCUGAUCUGUGGCCUCAUCAUGGCCGUCUUCGUGGCCAUCAUGGAGUUCGUCUGGUCGACGCGUCGCACUGCAGAGACGGACGAGGUGUCCGUUUGUCAGGAGAUGCUGACUGAGUUCAGGAACGCCGUCUCAUGUAAGAAGAGUUCCCGUUCUCGCCGCCGUCGCCCCCUGAGCAGCGCUGGGGGAGGAGUCCUGCGUCACCCGCCCCGCCUGGCGCUGGCCGGGCCCCGCCCAAUACGCCUGGUCCGAGAGAUGCGCCUCAGCAACGGCAAACUCGGGCCGAUGGUGGGGGGGCUGGCAGGGCUAGGAGGAGGCCCUGAUCUGGGCCCAGGGCCACAAAGACUCCUGGAGGACCAGCUAGGCGCCGCCGCCGCUGCAGCCGCCGCUGCAGCCGCCGCUGCCGCCACCGGCCCUCCUCCCCCCCCGGUCCUUGUGGCCCCGCCCCCCCCGCCGCGCAGCUUCCUGCAGAGCUGCAGCCACGUUCGGAUCUGCCAGGAGUGUCGGCGGAUCCAGGGCCUUCGGCCGGCCACGCUCACGCCCCCCCCACCGCCUCCCCCUUCCUCGUCCUCCUCUGCCUCCCCCUGCUCCCGGGUGCCACCCUCAGGGGUGGCACCAGGCCACCACACCCACCACCGCCACCAUCACCAUCCCCCCCUCCACUACCACCAUGGCUCCAUGUCACUGCCCCGCCUCCCACCCCCACCUCCCCCAAUCCCCACAGACAGAGCCGACAGCGAUGGGGGGGCCCCGAGUCCCCGGAGGGCCACUAACAAACAGGGACCUCCGCCGAGGCCACUGCCCCCCACCAAGACCCCCACUCACCCACCCACAGACCUACUCGGGGGGCACAACUGAGCAGAAGCAAGUCAGAGGGGUUAAAGGUCAUGGACACAAAGGAACCCUAACCCCGCUACCAGGACCGGUCCAAACUGGUCACUGGGGGUGGAUGGGAGAAACCAUUUUCACACAGUAUGUAUGCCACUCUGCCUCCGUGGAUCAUACCAAUAACCUUUGCACAGGGGGGUACAGAUUAGACCACUCUGAAGGACAGAUGACAGCUGCUGAGGUGGUCAAAGGGGGCAGACGCCAUCUUGUUUGGGGUGUGGCUACAGAUCCGUGAUUGGUGGAGGACGUAGAUCUGACGCUGUGCUGGGGUAGUUCAUCCAGAAAAGGAAAAUGCACGAGUAGAGAUCUCAGAGAUCUGAACUAAAGGAACACGUCGCACUGUGAAUAAACUUUAAAACCUUUUUUCUUUUUUAUAAGCAGAUUUUAUGUGGUUCCUAAAAUCAGUGAAUCUGGAAACGUGCUACCAAAGUGACUGUGAUCGUUGAGCAGAUUCAUUCUCAGAAAACCCAAAGACAACAGACAGAGAGUCAGGCUAACUGCUAAGCUAUGCUAACAGAAACUAAGACUCUCAACUCACCUCAACUUUCCUCUGUCAUAGAAGAGUCCAUGAGCUCAGUCAAUCAAAGCUCAAAUCCAGUUCCUUGAAGCAGACUGGGUCUGGACUAGUGGAGCAGAACAGAAUCUAAAACUGACCACUUUUAAAUUUAAAACGAUAAAUAUGAGACGCUUUUCCACCAGCAGCUCCAGGAACUACAGGAAGACCUUUGGCCAAAGUGAUUGAAUUAAAUGUUUCUGUGGCUUCAUCCUGAUUUUAUUAAAAAAAAUAAUAAUAAAUGGUUCUGGUUUAAAAAUGCUUUAAAAAUACUCAGACCUUCAGGAAGUUCAGCUUUGAACUGGUUCCUGAAGUUCCUGGUCUCCUGUCCUAUCAAAUAAUCUCCAUGCAGUUCCUAUAAGGCCAAGAACUACCUCAGUACAGUUCUGUUUGUGUAGCUGAGUUUGGUGAAAGACUUUCACCUGUAAACGUGAAAGAAAUCAUUUGUGAUUGUAGUUUCUGUCCAGUUUUUCUUUUCUGUUCUUUCUUCUUCUUUUUUCGUGUCUUUUUGCUGAGAAUCUUAAUUUGUGGCCGUCCACUCACUGACCAAUCACAUCCAACGUUUGGUUUUCAGGUUCUCUGACGAUUCUUCUUCAGAGAAAAGGGUCCAGGUUUGGUUCUGGCUUUAUUUUCCUCCUCCUCCUCCUCUUUGGGAUUUCUACCAGCAGAGACCACGUUAGUCCUGCUCCCAUCAGUCCUGGUCCUGGUAGAGACUACAGACGAUGUCCUUGUUCUCAUCAUUCUUAUUAUUCUUGAUAUUGAUGGUGGGCGUCGCCCUCUGAUGUUCAGUAUAUCGACACGUUUGAAAUAAAAAACUAAAAACUACAGUCAGUGAA